UUUGAGAAUUAAACUUUUGAUGGCACAUAGUUGGCACAGCUGUUUAUGUAAUUGCUUUUCUUCAAUAGUCUGUGAAAUCUCUUUCCCUGUUAACAAAAGUGUGUCUUGGCCAGCAAUGUUAAGUAUUGCACAUGUCUGUUCUUGUGUUAUAGACAAACAAAUCGAUUUAACCCCAAAAUUAAGUGAACCAUUUUGUGAUAAUGUGGGAGGGUUUUACUUAAGACAUCUUCAAAUCAUAGUGUCAUCAUUUACAAGAAAUGAAAACAAAGAAAUUAGGUCGCAAUUUUUUUUAAAGCUAUCGAUGAUUUUGAAGUACUGUAUGUGAUAAUUGUAAUGAAAAGAAGCAUAUAUUUUCUUCUUUAUUUACGGUUUAAAAUUCAGAUUCUACUUUAUCAUUCAAACCAGCCAUUAAAUUCCAGUUAAUUGUAAUACCGAUCUAUCAGUUAAUUUUGUAAUUCUAUCUGCUCUUUAAAUAUUUUGUUUCUGACGCAUACAAAUCCAUUUAUUGUUCUUCUUCCACCAAUUCCGACAUCUUAAACAACUGUAAAACUAACAAACAGUAGCCUUUGUUACCGUUGUAAUAAAGUUAGUUGGGUUUAUUUAACGAUAGAUGUGUUUAUAAAGUACUAAUAGGCGGUAUUGGAAUGUUUUUAAUGUUUAAAAAUGUAAGUGUGUCUUGAAGGCUUUCUAGAUUGAAAUAUUAUGUCAUGUUUUGAAACUACUAAGUGUGUGUCAUUAUAUGGGAACAUUAAGGAAACAAGUCUUUGCAUUUGUAGCAGAUGGAUAAUAUAACAUGUUAUGAAAAGAAGAUGUAGUGAAAAUUCCUUUCUGUAAUAUUGCUGAACAAACAUGUCCUUUUUUUCUAGAUAUUUGUUAGGGACGCUUAUCAUGUUAAGAUAUGUUAAAAAAAACUCAGUCACAUUAAAUAUGAAACCCAAGCUGAAUUCGAGACAACAGUAUUUAUUAAAUUGUUUUAAUUCCACAUAGAAUAUACAAAUCAAGUUGAGGUGCGUGUACUGCAAAAGGAGCGAGACUAAUUAGAUCAACGAGAAAAAUAUACUACUGAUAUAGAUAUAAGAAGAUGUGGCGUGAGUGCCAAUGAGACAACUCUCCAUCCAAAUAACAAUUUUAAAAAGUAAACCAUUAUAGGUCAAUGUACGGUCUUUAACACACCGAACAACAAGCUACAAAGGGCCGCAAAAUUGCUAGUGUAAAACCAUUCAAACGGGAAAACUUGUGCAGAUGCAUGCACUGAUAUGCAUGCAUCUGCACAUGUAAAUCCACUUAGUAAAUAUGUUUCAACAGCAACCCAGUAGUCAGCACUUUUUUGUGCUGACAUGAAUUAUCAUUGAUAUGGUUAUAUUUAUCAAGUAAUUGUUUUCAACAUUUUGAAUUUUUGAAAUAUUUAGGCUUUUUACCUCAGAUAUAGUUUACCUUAACUGUAUUUGGCAAAACUUUUUAAUAGGAAUUGUGGUCCUAAAUGCUCUUCAACUUUGUACUUAAUUUGGCUUUAACUUUUUUUGGAUUCGAGCAUCACCGAUGAGUCUUUGGUAGACGUAACGUGCGUCGUAUAUAUAAAAUUUAGUUAUGGUCUCCAUGAUGAGUUUAUUUUCAACCGGGAGUAGUACACAUUUCGAAAAGAGGACUGAAACUGCAAUAAAAGUAUAUUAAUCAAAACUAUUUUGAAAAAAACAAGGUGCAUAAAUUCAUCACAUUUAGUCAAAGUUUUGGCUAAGAUAUAUAAAAAAAAGUAACAUACCAAAAAAUUGUUUACAGAAAAUACAAUUAUUUAAGUAUAUAAAGAUAUAAGAUCAUUUCCAGGUUUAAUCCACCAUUUUCUACAUUUGAAAAUGCCUUAACCAAGUCAGGAAAAUGACAUUUCUUGUCCAUUCGUUUUUGAUGCAUUUUGUAUUUUAAUUUUGCCAUGUCAUUAUGGACUUUCCGAAUUGAUUUUCCCCUACGUUCAUUAUUUUUGUGAUUUUACUUUUUUUUGUAAGUUGAGACACAUUCUUAUCCUAUCAGUCAACCAAUUUGUUACAAUUAGUUCCGCAUUCGAUUCUUUGGCUUUAUCUGGAUUGUUCGGUGAACACUACUGAUCACUACUAUAUCUGGCUAGGAAUGACCCGUUGUAUUUUCAUUACACGAGUGACAAGAUGGAAAAUAGCUGAUACAUUUCGAACUUGGAAAAUAUAUAUUCUCGUUGGUUGAAAAGUUCCAUAUUUGAUUUCGUUUAAUCAGCCGGUUUUCUCGUUUGAAUUGUUUCACAUUUGCAAUUCCGGGACCUUUUAUAGCGCACUAUGCAGUGUGAAAAUAACUAAUUAUUGAACACGACGACCCUUUAGUUUUUAUUGGCAAUCAUUCCACUUCUUAUAAUCUAUUUGUUGGAACUUAUUUUCGAACGCCAUGUCCAUAGACAAGAACAUUUAUGUAUGUCAACUGACCUUUCUUAUCUGUUGUACAAUGUUAUAAAGGAAGUCACGUUUUAUUUUUAUGGAGCUCAAACAUUUUGUUUACAUAUUUGCUGUUUGUUUUAUGACAGUUCUAGCAAAUCCACCAUCUUGUAAUACGCCAGCAGACUGUUCUAAUAAUGAAUGUUGUAUCAGUAUAGUUAGACCUAUAGGAAAGAGAAAUGUUGAUCAACCAAAAGGAUACUGCCAACCACUUGGAACUGAAAAAUCAGGAUGUUAUGUUAGAUAUGGUUCUGCAUCACAUCCACCUGAACAACUAGUAUUUGGAUGUCCAUGUAGAUCACCAUUAAUAUGUAAAGGAAGGGGUGUUUAUGAUGUGCCUCUCGGAGAACUAGGUUAUUGCACAGAUCCCCAGUAGUAUAAUGUGUCGCAAGCAUGUAAUAAAUGCAUCAAAUCAAAAUAU